ACCUCGAACUCUCCAAGUCUCCGAUUGUCGUCGGACUCUUCUGUCGUUUCAUUCGAUUCGUCUUCUUGCAACUCGAGUUCGGAACGAAAGCGCGUCGUUGGUUCCUCGUUCCUCGUUCCUCGUUCCGGGCCUUGCUCUGUCCGCAGAAACCUUCCCCUGUUCUCCGUUCGUGCGGUCUCUGUUCAACGAGAAACCUCCCCUGUUUCUUGCCGGAAAAUCAAGAACCGUCGGAAUCCGGUUCUUGGCCCGAAAAUGUCCACCGUCUCGCAGCUCAUCCAUUUUCCAUGCGUUUCCCUCUCGUCGAGCCCUACCCAGCACCGUUUCUCCCCCAAGCCUUCGGUCCUCGCCGUGGCCAACCCCGGAAUCGCCUCCAGGAUCGCCUGCGGCUCAAGAAUCCGGCACGGCAACCCGGGUCGCCGCGUCCGACCCGUGUUCCGGGUCAGGGCCGCUGAGGACGGCGACGAAGGGGUGCCCGAGAAGGGGGAGGAGGAGCCGGUGAGUGGGACCAGCGGCGGCGGGGCUGCGGUGGCGGUGGCGGAGCCGGAGGAGCCGGAGCCGCUGAAGGAGGUGCCGGAGAUCGCCGCGCUGAAGAAGGAGCUGGUGGAUUCGUUCUACGGGACGGACCGUGGGUUGAGGGCGACGAGCGAGACGCGGGCGGAGAUCGUGGAGCUGAUCACGCAGCUCGAGGCGAAGAACCCGACUCCUGCUCCGACGGAGGCUCUGACGCUGCUCAACGGGAAGUGGAUUCUUGCGUACACCUCUUUUGCGCAAUUAUUCCCAUUGUUGGCACGGGGUACCCUGCCAUUGGUGAAGGUGGAGGAGAUAUCUCAGACCAUUGAUUCGGAGAAUUUCACUGUCCAGAACUCUGUCCUGUUUUCUGGGCCACUGGCUACGACUUCUUUUAGCACCAAUGCCAAAUUUGAAGUCCGAAGCCCCAAGCGCGUGCAGAUCAAGUUCGAAGAAGGCAUCAUUGGAACUCCGCAGCUCACCGACUCAAUUGUCUUACCGGAGAAUGUCGAGUUCUUAGGACAAAGGAUCGAUCUUGCUCCUUUGAAAGGUUUGAUCAACUCUGUUCAAGACACUGCUUACUCUGUUGCAAAGACCAUCUCCAGCCAACCACCCAUCAAAUUCUCCCUCUCAAACAACAAUGCCCAGUCAUGGCUACUCACCACCUACCUCGAUGAGGAACUCCGUAUCUCGAGGGGAGAUGCUGGAAGCAUCUUUGUUCUUAUCAAGGAAGGUAGCUCCUUGUUGUCGCUGUAAUUGACUAAUAAGUGAAGACUCCUUGUAGUGAUCACCAUACUUCAUCGAGAGGAUAUCUAUGUUUGAGCUGUGGUGUAUGUUGAUGAUAUUAUGUGUAAAAUAAGUCCUCCGAUCAUAGUCUGCUAAGGAUUCAUAGAGGUUUUUAGUAGUUGAGAACUGAAGUUUAGCUCAUCUAUGAAAUUCAUAUCGAUCAUUUAUCUUCUCGAAAGUUAAAA